CAUCCGCACCAGACACAUCAGUGUUUACCCAUAACAUUUUUGGGCAGCUUUCUUUCAACGGAAGACCAAUUCAUCAUGUGAUUGUGAAACUAACAUUGAGAUAUGAGCUGCAUACAUUGUUAAAACGCAUUCGAAUAGAUACAAUCCAGGAUGAAACAUACUAAGUUGUUGCUGCAUUAUCCAAAGUACGGAGGAGCACCGAACGGGCUCUGGCAAAUGGAAAGCUAUGCGAUUAUCCUAGCCUAUGUGUAUUUGUGUGCGGUCUUUCGUGUCAACGGAGAAGUCCUAUUUAAUAACAAAAAUCAGCUGUUCUGCACUAACCACUGUUUACCACAGGUAGGACGUGAACAGUCAAGAAAAAUGGUCUUUCGCGCAGCUUCGUUUGAGUGUUUUGGAAAAGUUCAGGGAGUUUUUUUUCGCAAAUAUACUCAAAAAGAGGCGACGUCGCUUGGAGUUGUUGGUUGGAUAAGGAACACCUCACGAGAUACAGUGGAAGGUGAAAUUCAGGGUCCAGCUGAAGCGUUCGAUAAAAUGAAAAUAUGGCUACGAACAACGGGAAGUCCCCAGUCGCAAAUUGACAAUGCAGAGUUUACGAAUGAGAAGGACAUACCAGAGCUGCAAUUUAACUCGUUCGAAAUUCGGAAAAACAAAUAAGCAACUUACCUUUAAACGUUGUUAUAAAAAUCCGUAGGAAAGAUAUCAAUUAUUUGGUUAAUCAAUACAUAAAAAGCUUAAUGGUUGACAUUAUUUUCUUUCAACUGUAGUUAAUGAGGGUACAAUAGCAAGUCGUCGAGUUACUCCAUGUAAAAGGCCGUAAAUAAAGUUGACUGCGUAAACGUUCACCUUAUCGAGUGA